GGUUUAGUUUAUAUUGUAUUAAAAUGACAAUUAUUUUUAGGUAUGAAUUAAGCGGUUUUGCUCUCCGUUGUGAGAUAAAAUCAUGUGAAUAACUGAAUGCUGUAGCUAACUAUGCUAACCACUUCACAGGUUAAACUUGUUGGUCAUUAAACUUAUUGGACAGUUUAAUGGUGAACAUGCCUGUGAUAAACAGCCUGGUUCCUGCUCGGUUCCUCACUCUCACAGCUCACCUGGUCAUGGUCAUCACCAUCUUCUGGUCAAGGGAGAAUAAUGUUCGAGCGUGUUUACCACUGGAGUUCACACAGGAGCAGUACACAGCCCAGGAUAACCGGUUGGUGAUUGCUCUGUCUGUAACUCUGGGUCUGUUUGCUGUCGAACUGUUUGGGUUCUUCUCUGGUGCCUCCAUGUUCAACACCAACCAAGGACUGCUCUCUGUGGUGUGUCACUGCAGUGCUUCAGUCUCUCUUUCCUUCUUCACGUUCCAGCAGUGGGAGUGCUGGGUGUACUGGAUCGUGUUCUCACUCUGCAGUGUGCUUCCUGCCGUGUGUGAGCUGCUUCAGAUCUUUGCUGUGUUCGGACUGAAGAUGAAGCCAAUGUAAACGUUGAACCCGUCAGCUUUUGUGUCUCAUCUAAUAUAAAUGAUCUUUAUAGUUAGAAGAUGAAAUCUGGUGGAUCUUUUAGCUCUGUAUGAUCAGGAUUUCAGUUUCCUGAUUGGAAUCUGGAAUCUGAUGAAUAAGAAAAUUAUGUUGAGCGAGUUUGUUUCCUCAGUUUCUUGUUUUAAUCAUUUUUACAGCUUUAAACAUGCUGCACUUCUGCUGCUUGUAGUUUUUUUUUACAAUGUUUUGUAUAGUUUAUUUUGAAGAUGAAUAAAUGUAUUUUUCACUAAUGUAUUCAGGCUUUUUUACAUGAUAUAAAGUACGAGGCUCUCGAGAGUACAACAAUUCCACAUACUGAACUGCUUUUAAAAACAUAUUUAAAUAACUAUUAUUGUUAUUGUAUAAUGAUAACAGGACGCUCAGGUGGUGCAGCGGUACAUUACACUUGCUCACUACUGCUGGGAUCCAGGAUUUUGGUCCCCAGUGGUGCUAUCAGCCGGUCAGGUGUCUACAUACAGACAUGAUUGGCUAAAUCCGGGGAGGUACUUGUAUUGGCGUCCUGUUUGGGGUGUGUUUCUGGUAAACCAGACCCACCACAACCCUGGCCAGGAUGAAUAAGUGGUAAAACAUGAUAAUGUAAUAAUUAUAAAAAUUAUAACUGUCUUUUAGUAUAGGUGUUUAGU